UGUUAAUUUUUCUUUUCUUUUCUUCUCCACUUCCUUUCUUGUUCUUCCAUGUCUAAACGUCCACAUAUGAUUAAAUUAUGUUCAAGACUAAUACAAGAAUCAAGAAAACAAGUCUUUAGUGAUCACACUUGAGGCGUUAGUUUUUAAAUGGUAAGCAAACCCCUCUAUAUCUUGUUUCUUGAUUCUUCCAUGGCUUUCAGAAUUUAGGAAGGAAGGUAGUCUUUGGUUCUGAAGAUAGGAAGGGGAACGACAGGAACGCUUUCUUACAGUUGACAACAGUAUUAGGCAUUGACAACAGUAUUAGUUGAUGGAAGUAGAUAGAGAAGAGUCUGGAGAAGAAGAAGCUGAUAAAGCCUAAGCAGAUAUGGAAAAUGGUCGUCCAAACCGGCUCUUUACUUUCCAAAAUCGUUCUUGAUGAGAGGGUUGAUCAUUUAGUUGAAUAAUGACAGGUAUGAUUUUAGAGGGGUCGAAGGGUAGCUUUUUGUGCUGCCUAGAUAAGGAUUUUGAUGGAGGAGAUGCCUCCGACGGUUGCAGUGCCAUUUAGGGUAGGUAAUUCAGUAUGUGAAAACCCAACCAUAGAUACCCAUUUGGAUAUCACAAGACUUAAGUUAAUGGAAGACACGGCUGGCUUAUUAUCCGAUUCUGUAACUAAGGUUUCUACUGUUGGGGAUAAUGAUCGUCAUUGUUGUGAUUUGGAUAAUGAAGUUAGUGACACAAAAGUUGCAGUUCCAGAACAGGACAAGCAGAGAGGAGUCCCUUUGUUGGAUAUGGUCCCUGAAAAUAAAAAUAAUUGGGUGGGCAGUGAUGAUGUGAUAAACCAGGAAAGUGAAGAAGAAGAUGAUUCCUUUUCUUUGGAGGGUGAUCCUAUUUUUGAUAGCUCUUGUUCUCUUUCAGCGGCUAGUGAGACUAGCAGCUUAUGUGGAGAGGAAUUCCUGGGUUUUGAGGCCACCUCUGAGAUAGGAACGCCAGGUUCUGUGGAUAUUGGGAAGAGCAUUUGCAGUGUUGAUAUUAUUGCUAAUGCCACAGAUUUGGAGUCAAAUGUUGAGACAGAGGUCGUGAGAGAUUCUGUUUCUGUGGCAGUGAGCCUUGAGGAAGAGAUUGGAGAUGGUUCUGACCCAAAGCCAUAUGCAGUUGUACUUCAGUUGGCUCUGGGAAAAGGAGUGAGGGGAACAGUCACACGCAAUGUUUUUGAGGUUGACUAUGUGCCCCUUUGGGGUGUUACAUCUAUAUGUGGAAGGAGACCUGAGAUGGAAGAUGCAGUUGCAACUGUGCCUUAUUUUCUGGAAAUUCCUAUACAAAUGCUAGUUGGGGACCGGGUGCUUGAUGGUAUGAGCAAGUAUAUAACUCACCAAGCUGCUCAUUUCUUUGGGGUUUAUGAUGGUCAUGGAGGCUCACAGGUUGCAAACUAUUGUUGUGAUCAUAUCCAUUCUACUUUGGCUGAGGAGAUAGAAUAUGUUAAGAAUGGCCUGUGUGAUGGAAGUACUAAAGAUAGUUGCCAAGAGCAGUGGAAGAAAACAUUCACGAAUUGUUUUCUUAAGGUAGAUGCUGAAGUUGGAGGAAAAGGCAGCGCUGAGCCAGUUGCCCCCGAAACUGUGGGUUCAACUGCUGUUGUUGCCAUUAUUUGUUCAUCCCACAUUAUAGUAGCAAACUGCGGGGACUCACGAGCAGUUCUAUAUCGUGGGAAAGAACCUAUGGCUUUAUCAGUGGAUCAUAAGCCAAACCGGGAAGAUGAAUAUGCAAGGAUAGAAGCAGCUGGAGGCAAGGUUAUACAAUGGAAUGGGUAUCGUGUCUUUGGCGUACUUGCAAUGUCAAGGUCAAUUGGUGAUAGAUUUUUAAAACCAUGGAUUAUUCCAGAACCAGAAGUUAUGUUUAUUCCUCGGGCAAAAGAAGAUGAAUGCCUGAUUCUGGCAAGUGAUGGUCUAUGGGAUGUCAUGUCAAACGAAGAAGCAUGUGACCUGGCUCGGAGACGAAUACUUGUCUGGCAUAAAAAGAAUGGUGCUGCACUACCCUACUCAAGGGGUGAGGGAAUUGAUCCUGCAGCUCAGGCAGCAGCUGAGUACCUCUCAAACCGUGCUCUUCAAAAAGGAAGCAAAGACAACAUAACCGUUAUUGUGGUUGAUCUGAAAGCUCAAAGGAAGCUCAAGAACAAAACAUGACAGAUUCUUUACAUUUUCCUUGCAGCUCUUCAUUUUGUUAGGUUUCAUGCGGUUACGGUACAAUAGAGUUCUGCCCAUUUGUUUUUCAUAGGGGCAUGCGACGUCCUAGAACUCGAUUCAUUGAUUUGAAGAGUUCGCUAUGUAAAUGUAGAUAUUUGUGUUAGGGAUGAGAAGAUAUCCCUAUGUAAAUGGUUAGCUAUUUGUUUUGGGGAUUAGGAGAUUGUAAGAGUUGCAUGCUUCCGCUAUAUGAGCAGCUGUAUUCAUUGUGCCUCCGAGUUAAAAAAAGAGGCUCUGCGAGGUAUUUAUCUAA